GAAAACUGUCUCCAAAAACGGCUCUAGGAAAAAUCGCUACCAUGAUUUACGCCAUCGUGGGUGUACCUUUAAUGUUAGUACUGCUGUCCGCCCUUGGUAGUCUUUUGGCGUCAGGUGCUAGAAAAAGUUAUUCAAAAUUGUGUUGUCAAACCAACAGUACCAUAGUUAAAAGUCCUUCAGUGGGUUACCAUAAAGCGCCAUCUAGUCCACCUGGAAAGCAAUACUGCAAAUCGCACGAAGAUUCAGCAUCGAUCCAAACGUCUUCAGUUCACAAUACACCGAACCACGUCAACUUUAGAUCGAACCAUCACACUCAGUACAUCGAACAAGCCGAAAUUCAAAAACGAUCUCUGCUCGCCACCGUAAGAGCCAGUCAUACAAGAGGACGUUGCAGACAAGGUCAAGUUAGACAAACGCUGGCUGAGACACCUAUUCCAGUUUGUCCCACCCACUCACAUCAUGCGGUCCCUUUGAGGAAUAUGAACUCUUCGAUUAUCGGAAUUGCAGUAACGUCCGAUUUGGAAGAAGCUGAAGAUCCAGAUGAUAGUGAUCAAAUUAUAUGUACUCAUGACACACCAUCUCGGAUGCCACUAAUUUGGCGUACUCCAGAACACGAGAGGGUUUCAGCACCUUCUCUUCCAUCAUCACCAUCAGUGCCUGCUCUUCUAGUACUUGUUAUCUUCGUUACAUACAUAUGCGCAGGAGCAUUUGCUUUCUCAACUACGAGUAGCAGAAGUUUCCUCGACGCUAUCUAUUUCUGUUUUAUAGCGUUAUCCACGAUAGGAAUAGGUGACAGUUUACCGCAAACUACAGACUUUCACGCCCAAAUGCAAUUGCUGGCAUGUUGCGUUUAUAUUUUUAUAGGACUAAUUGUGGUGGCGAUGUGUUUUAGUUUGGUUCAAGAAGAGGUUAUGUUUAAAUGUAGGCAAAUUGCUAACGCUCUGGGACUUAUAAAAAAUUAAGAUGUGUCUGUGAUUCUAAUGUUUGUACUUGAA